UCUAUUUUACUAAAAGGGAAUAAAAUCUAAAUUUAAACCUCUGUCAGAAUCAAGGGGUGAGCAUUUGUUCUUACAUCAUUCAGAAUCUCAAAUUAAGCAAUCCACCAGCAGCUUUAUAACCCUAGCAAACUUUACUAGUGCCCCCUUUUAUUUUUGUUAAAUUUAAAGCAAAGGGAAGCUUCUUAAUUUUCGAUAAAUUUAUUGUUUCAUAACCCCAUAACCAAAGAUGGAGGCGACAAAGCAGUGAAUCAGAGCUGCUCUCUUGUUCUUUUCCUACUCCAACAAACACAGAUGGCCUAUGGUAAUAUACCAGCAUUGUUGAAUUGGAUAAUGGCAAGAAAGCCCAGAAUCAAGACCAAAUAAGAAACUGAAGGAUUGAUCGACAAUGUUCAAGGCAGCAAGAUGGAGGAGCGAGAAGAGCAAGAUCAAAGUUGUGUUCAAAUUCGAGCUGCAUGCAACCAAGGUGAUGAAGUUGGGGUGGGAGACUGCAAUGGUUUCUCUGGUUCCUCUGGAUGUAGGCAAGCCAACUGCGAGAACCGAGAAAGUUACAGUGAUGGAUGGAAACUGCCGAUGGAGAAAACCUGUGUAUGAAACAGUCAAACUCACCCAAGAUCCGAAAACUGGAAAGAUAAAUGACAAACUCUACAACUUCAUUGUUUCAGCAGUUGGAUCGGCAAAAGCUGCUGUCAUUGGGGAGAUCACGAUUAAUUUGUCAGAGUAUGCUGAGAUUUCUAAACCUUUAACUGUUUCUCUCCCGCUUAAAGCAUCCAAUACUGGUCCAAUCUUGCAUGUUACCAUACAGAGAGUGCAGGCUGAUGUUCAAAAAAGGGAAGCUGAUGCAAAUGGGGAUGCUUAUGCCAGAGAACAAGAAAGGAAGACAUCAGGCCAAUUGGACAGUAAUGGCGAAGAGGAAGGUAGAAGAGCCCCAGAAAUAGAUACAAACUCCAUAGAAGAACAAAUGCAGUCUCCAUGUAGCAGGAAUAAUAACAUGCUUACUGGAUCAAAUAGAAAGCUCAGGAAUUCUCUCAGCACCAAUAGUACAGCUUCAACAAGUACUGAUAAAAGUUCAGAGCAACAUGUAGCCAAGGAGAAUAGAUCAAAGUAUAGCAGCUAUAAGGAUUAUGGUGGCUUCCAAUCACCUCAAAAGGAAACAAGGAAAUCAGUUAAUUUUGUUACAGACUACAGAGAACUUCAUAGGUCAGUCGCUUGUUUGUCCAUCACUUCUGGUCCUGAGGGAAGUAGUGAUGGAUCAACAAACAGUUCAGCUGAUACUGGGCUAGGAGAAAGGCUGCAAGAAUCAGAGGAUCCUCGGGUAAGCGAUGUAUCUUUGAUAGGGAAUGGAGAAGUAUCAAAAUUAGAAUUACAGACACUAAGGAGACAAUUGGUAAAGGAGACCAAGCGCGUGCAAGAUCUUGCAAGGGAAUUAAGAAGUACAAAAGAGGAGAGUGAUGCAUUUAGAAAAGACUUCGAAGAAAUUAAGGGCUCACAAAAGAGACUGAUGGUUCAGACAGUUUCAAGCCUGUCUCAUUUUAAUGGUGAAGGUCCCUGGUCCAUACUAGAAGAAACCAAACAAGAGCUAACUCACGAGAAAAGAAUAAAUGCAAAUCUCCGGUUACAAUUGGAGAAGACACAGGAGUCCAACUCGGAGUUGAUUCUCGCAGUGGAAGAUCUCGAGAAAGUGUUAGAACAAAAAAAUAGAGAGGCAAUCUGUUCGAACUGCAGAACAGAAACCGCCAAAAGAACGGCUGCUAGUGAUGUUUUGUCAGAAUUUAGAAACUCGGAUUUGCAUAUCUAUGACUGCAAGCAAGAACUACUAGAAACAACUUCUGAAGACAGUGAACAAUAUGCACUGGAAGAAUUAGUCAAGGGGCAUAGAGAUGUGAAGAUACCAUAUUCACUUGAUCACCAGAUUAUAGACCUGAAUAGCGAAAUAGAGCUAUACAAGAGAGAUCGUGAAGACCUAGAAAUACAAAUGGAACAACUUGCCCUAGACUAUGAGAUCCUGAAACAGGAAAAUCAUGAAAUAACUUCCAAGCUGGAACAAUACCGGUUGCAAGAACAGCUAAGGAUGCAGUAUGAAUGUUGUACACACUCGACUAUUAUCAGUGACCUUGAGGUCUGCAUCAGAAACCUACAGAAUGAGCUUCAGGAACAGGCUGAAGCAUUUAAAGCCGAUUUACAAAAUGUCGCCCAUGCCAAGAUUGAGCAGGAGAAAAGGGCUAUACGAGCAGAGGAUGCAUUGAGGAAGACAAGACAGAACAAUGCUAGCAAAGCUGAACAACUGCAGGAGGAAUUUGAAAGGCUCUCUACACAAAUGUCAAUGACAUUUCAGAUGAAUGAGAAAUUAGCUACUCAAGCAUUAUCUGAAGCUAGUGAAUUGCGUUUGCAGAAAUGCCAACUGGAGGAAUUGUUAGAGGAAACUAACAAACAACUUGCAUCAGUUCAAUAUCAGUCCCAGAUGAAAGUUCAAGAUUUGUUAAACCUAAUUGCUUUUAAAACAAAUGAAGCAGACAAGCUGCUCCUGGAGUUCAAAGUUAUGUCUGAAGAGCUUCAGAAUCUAAAGAACUGUAAUGAAGCAAGGGAGAAGGCUCUAUCAGAAGAAAAACUGAUGCUUAAAGAUGAAGUGGAAAGGCUAUCAAGAGAAAAAGUUCUUAUUUCUGAGGAGUUUGGAAAGAACAAAAAAUGGAUGGUUGAGUUGGAACAGUUGAAGGCAUCAAGUAAAGAAACUGAAAUGGCACUACAUACAAUAAAUUUGGAAAGAGAUAGGCUAAAGAAAGAACUUUUCUCUAUCAGAGAAGUGGAGGAAAAGGCAGUUAAAGAGCUAGAUGACUUGCGACAACGAAAGGAUGAAAAAGAGACAGUAAUCAGAACCCUAAGCUCCGACUUGGCAACUCUUAGAGCACAGUAUAAUGACCUAAAGAAUUCAUUGUUUGAGGAUGAGGCUGAAAAGGAAAACCUAAGGAAGCAGGUAUUUCGCUUAAGAGACGACCUAAAGAAAAAGGAAGAUGCAAUCAUCAAUAUGGAGAAAAAGCUGAAGGAUAGCAAUUCAAGACUCACAUCCUCUCAGGAGACUACAAAGACAGCCAUGAGAAACAAGAAUAACGUAUAUAACCCCACACCUCAAGUCUCCAAGGAAGUCACUACUUUGCGUGAGAAAAUAAAAGUUCUUGAGGGGAAGAUAAAGCUGAAGGAUACAACAAUGGAGGAAUCAAGGAAUUCGUUUGUGAAGAAAGAGAGGGAUAUGCUAAAGAGGAUAGAAGAACUGCAAAAGAGUAUCAAUGAAUACAAAGCUGGUCUUUGUGGAAGUACAGCCCAAGGGGAAACCAAUUGCUGCAGGAGGAACAGAGAUGUUCCUGAGGGUAAAAGAAGCAUGUCAACUAAUGACAAACAAUUGGGCAUUUUUCAGUCACAGGAAACCAAGACUGCAGAUGAGAAAUUAAAUAGAGAAAGUGCGGAUGGGAAAAUUCUAUUACAUCCCAUAAUGGAAGAGAAAGCAGGCAGCCACAAUUCGAGAGGAAGCAACAAGGAAUUGGCUAUUAGUAGUGUAAAAACCAGUUUGGAGGAAACCAAGGAAGAGCUAAUGUCAACAGAAUGCGAUCAAGGUCGGCUAGCUGAAAUCUUAACUAAAAUGACAUUCCUUAAAGACAAAAAUGAAGCUAUGGAAGCUGAACUGAAAGAAAUGCAAGAAAGAUACACCGAAAUGAGCCUCAAAUUUGCAGAAGUAGAAGGUGAAAGACAGCAGCUUGUAAUGACUGUUCGGGCUCUUAAAAAUUCCUUAAGGAGUUAGUUCUUCUCUUGUUCUUAUACAGAUUGGGAUUUUCUGUAUAGGAGAGCAUCUGGUGAUAUGUUUAAGGACUUGUCAUGGAAACAUAUCAUCUAUGUUUACACAUAUUCUUCUAUUGUUAAUAUUAUAGAGGUUAAGGUUUUCUGUAUAGGGAAGAAUUGGGUUGAUAAGACUUGUAAAGGAGGACAAGGUUUGUCAAGGAAAAUUUUCAUCUAUCUAUAAAAGCUAUGUUUUCUGUGUAAA